AUGGAUUUCCAGAGCUGGCUUACCUUCCCAAUAGGAGUAUUGCUGUGCUGUGCUCUUCAGACAUCUGCCCUUCAACGACCUGCAUCUCACAACUGCACCAGCAAUGGUCAAAGAAUAUCCUUCAGCCACUCCUACAAGAUUGACCUGCCCACGUCCUCCCAGAUCAAGGUGGAGGCAGAUCCAUUACAGCACAAAGACAACGGUGAGGUGCAGCUAGAUCCUGGGGAGGCUGAGGAAAAUGAAGAGCAGAAUAUCAUCUUUAGGCACAACAUCCAUGUGCGUACACCCAAAGGGGACUGUGAAACUUUCACCCACAUUAAGGGUCUGCUUGAAAGGAUGGAGAAGCUUGAGAAAGAAGUGGCAGAGCUGAGAGAAGUUUGCAGCCCUCGGAAGUGCUGUGGGGGAAGCCAAGGUGUCUCACAUUGCAGUGGCCACGGGACAUUCCUCCCUGAGACUUGCAGCUGUAAGUGUGCCGAGGGCUGGGAGGGCCAUGACUGCUCCCGUCCCACCUGCCCUAGCCACUGCAGCGGCCGUGGGCGCUGUGAUGGUGGGAAGUGUAGCUGUGAGGAGCCUUACUUUGGUGAGGACUGCAGGCAGCGCUUCUGUCCUGAGAACUGCAGUGGCAACGGGAUCUGUGACACAGCCACAGGGGUCUGCCAGUGCUAUGAGGAGUUCAUCGGAAGGACUGCAACGAGAAACGAGGACUGCAACGAGAAACGAUGCCCUGGGGACUGCAGUGGCAAUGGGUUCUGUGACACGGGAGAGUGCUACUGCCACGAUGGCUUCUUUGGCCUUGACUGCUCCCAAGUGCUCGCUCCUCAGAACCUGCAGCUGCUGAACUCCACAGAGAACUCUCUGGCUGUCAGCUGGGAUCAAAUGAUUGAUGUGGAUAAUUACCUCAUUAGCUAUUAUCCAGUAGGGUAUGAGACAUGGCUGAAACAAGUCCACGUGCCCAAAGAGCAGCUCAGCUAUGAGACUGUGGGUCUCCACCCCAGCACCACAUAUAAUGUCACACUUUGUCAUGUGAAGAAGGGGAUUGCCAGUGAGCCCGAGUAUCUAGAAGCAACUACAGUCCUGUCUGUGCUCAAUGCCAUCUGGGUGACAGAAGAGAUGGAGCACUCCCUGGAAGUGGAGUGGGAGAACCCACCAACAGAUGUGGAUUAUUAUAAGCUGAAGUUCAGAUCCCUGGUGGAGAUGGAUGAGAAACAGGUCACGGUGCCCAAAAGCAAUAACCCCGAGAGCAGACACAUUGUGACUGGCCUGAAACCUGGCACAGAGUAUGAGAUCACUGUCAUACCGAUGAAAGACAAUACAGAGGGGAUACCAUCCUCAGUGAGUGGCAGGACUGGAGUUGAUAGCCCAACCAAUGUGGCAACUGACCGAGUGACAGAGGACACAGCCACUGUCUCAUGGAGUAAAGUUGAGGCUCCCAUAGACAGGUACAUGGUGAGAUACACCUCAGCUGAUGGAGACACCAAUGAAAUAGAGGUGGGGAGUGAAAAUGACAUCAUCACCUUACUGGAUCUGAAGCCAGGCAUGGAAUACAUCAUCCACAUCUGGGCGGAGAAGGGACCCCAGCAGAGCAAGAAGGCAAGCACCAGAGCUGUGAUAGAAAUUGACAGCCCAACUGAGCUGUUGGCUGCCCAAGUGACAGAGGAUGCAAUUACUGUUUCCUGGAACAAAGUGCAGGCUUCAGUAGACAGAUACAGAGUGAGCUACACCUCGGCUAAUGGGGACACAGAGGAGAGAGAGGUGGAGGAAGACAAGAAUGCCACCACCUUGGCAGGACUGAAGCCAGACACAGAGUAUGUCAUUUACAUCUGGGCAGAAAAGGGAGAGCAGCAGAGCAAGAGGAUCAGCACUGAGGCUGUGACAGAAAUCGACAGCCCAGCUCACCUGGUGACUGACCAAGUGACAGAGGACACAGCCACCAUCUCCUGGGACAGGGUCCAGGCUGUCAUAGAUAGGUACACGGUGAACUACACCUCUGUUGAUGGUGACACAGAGGAGAUGGAAAUGGGGAAGAACAGGACUACCAUGACUCUGACAGGACUGAAGCCUGGCAUUGAAUAUGUCAUCUACCUCUGGGCAGAGAAGGGAGCCCAGCAGAGCAAGAGGACCAGCACAGAGGCAGUGACAGAAAUGGACAGCCCAAAGAAUCUGGCAACUGACCAAGUGACAGAGGACUUGGCCACCAUCUCCUGGAGUAUCAUCCAAACUCCGAUAGACAGGUAUAUGGUGAGCUACACUUCUGCUGAUGGGGACACCAAGGAAAUAGAAGUGGGGAAGGACAUGACCAUUACCACCCUGACAGGACUGAAACCAGGCAUGCAGUACACCAUCCAUCUCUGGGCAGAGCUGAGAAGCAAGCAGAGCAAGAGAGUGAGCGUUGACACACUGACAG